GGCGCCAAAUAAAUCGCAAAAAAUUGGAGUGUUUGUCACAAAGAAUAACUGGAAAUUCCGAAAAUGGUCGGGGACGAAGAGGGUGCGAGGAGGCCACCCCUGAAUCGACCUUGUCUGAAAUCCCAUAAUUCCUUCAAUAACUAUCCCAAGUGGAAAGACAAGCUCAGAGAAAAUUGCUUCAAAAGGGCCCGAGAGGAUCGAGCGCGCCUGUUUUGGGAAUUGAGGUUAUCCGACUUCCAGGAUGACUCUACUCACCAGCAGGAUAUCAUAAAGUCAACUUUCCGGGGUAUAGUUUCUGAUGAGCUGAAAAGCAUAAAGGACUCCUCUCUGGACAUCAAUUUUGGGGAUCCAACUCUAAUAACUGCAGAUGAUGAUGCUAUAUGGGACUAUGAUGGUCUGCACACUGCUUGCCAAGGCGAUUGUGAAGAAAUUUUGUUAGAAAUGCAAAGAAUAUUUUAUGAUGAUCUUAGGAUGGAAGAGAGCAAAAAAGAAUCAGAAAUCUCUAUCAGAAGUUGGGAUGAUGAAGAAGAUGAAUACUUGUCUCAUGCAGUAUAUGAGCAUAUGCAGCUUAAUGAUGAAGAGGUAAAAAAGGUGGUCUGGUGUCCCCGCUGCAAGCGAGGGGAUUUGCGAGAAGAUGCUUUUCAUAUUUUUUGCUUGUUGUGUCAACUUAAACUCAAGAGAGGUGAUGAGGUAAAUUUAGAACUUUUACGAAUUCGGUUGGCUGAAGCUCAUGCGGAACAUCUUGAUAGAGGUUGCAGAUUGAGACCUGAGUUCUGCACUGAGAGUAGAUUUGGACUGACAGCCUUGUACAUCAGGUGUGAAGGUUGCAGUACGUUUGAGAUUGUGAUAUAGCUGCUUAAUAUUGGUGUUAUAGGAAAUAGUUUGCAGGCUUUUGUUUUAUCUAUACUGCAUGCUUCCUUUUGUUUUAAUAGAUGAAUUAUGACGGAGCAAUCAUAUUCGAAUCUUGAAGGUCUAUACAAAUCUUGUCAAUUUUCUUU